AUGUCGUACGGACAGUUAGAGACUUACCGGCCUGGGGGGCUUCCGCCUCGAGAUUUCAGCACCAUUAUCCAGAUCUGCAGCACCAAUAUACAGCGCCUGGCACAAUGCACUUCUCAAAUAAAGAAUUUGAUGAAUCAGUUGGGAACCAAGCAGGAUUCUACCAAACUGCAGGAAAACUUACAACAGUUGCAACAUACAGCAAACCGGCUUGCCAAAGAGACUAAUGAAUACCUGAAGGAGCUAGGCUCCCUUCCAUUGCCCUUAUCUUCCUCAGAACAGCGCCAGCAGAAACUUCAGAAGGAGCGUUUAAUGAACGACUUUUCUGCAGCCUUAAAUAAUUUCCAAGCAGUGCAGAGAAGAGUUUCAGAGAAAGAAAAGGAAACUGUUGCCAGGGCAAGAGCUGGCUCUCGUUUCUCUGGAGAUGAAAGACGCAGGGAAGAGCAGUUGGUCUCAUUUGACAGCAAUGAAGAAUGGGAUCAGAUGCAGGCUCAAGAAGAAGAUGUAGCUAUAACAGAACAAGAUCUUGAAUUAAUCAAGGAGAGGGAAACUGCCAUUAGGCAAUUGGAAGCAGAUAUCUUGGAUGUGAAUCAGAUUUUUAAAGAUUUGGCUAUGAUGAUCCAUGAUCAGGGAGACAUGAUUGAUAGCAUAGAAGCAAAUGUAGAAAAUGCAGAAGUCCAUGUGGAAAAUGCCAAUGAUCAGUUGCAGAGAGCUGCUUAUUAUCAGAAGAAAUCACGCAAGAAGAUCUGCAUCCUAAUUUCUGGCCUGGCUUUAGCUUGUUUAAUCUUGGUAAUAAUCAUUUUGCAAGUACAAAAAUGAAGUAUCUCUGUGCAAUUAGAUACACAAUAUUUCUGCCAUGAGACAAGCUUAAGAAAUGAGGAGAUUGAGGUGAGAUGGAACACAAACUGAUUUUCCAUUAGUAAUUAUAAUAUAAAAACUAACAUGAAGAUAACUAGCUCUUGGAUUUAGUGAACCAUGAAGACAGUACAUGUUAAUUUAUUUUAUGUAACUAAACUUGUGCAGGGCUUCGUUUUGUUUUCCCGAAUAUUCCUGUCCCAAGUAUUGAAAGAUGUGAUCAGUCAUCUAGAGUAGCUUAUUAAUUGCCGUUAAGCACUACAGAUCUAACUCUUUUUUAAUGUGUACUGCUUUUAUAAGUGACUCAUAUAAUAACUCCUAAGUACAAAAUCCCAAGCAAUGCGCAUCACCCUUUAGGAAACUGCCAAAGUUGUUUGAAACAACAAUUCCUGAUUUCUGUUGUAUAUGUCUGGAAGCUGCUUUGAGUGUAGCCCAGUGGGCUGGAGAAAAAAAUAGGACCUUCUGUAGCAGACAAAGAAGAGUUUUUCAACUUGGGAAGAGAGAACAUCUCAAUUUCCCCAAACAUAGCAUAGCUAAUAUGAGACAUACUGAAGCCAGUUCUUUUCAGAAACUCAUUUGGUAAUGAUUAGUCUGAAGGCAUUUGUAUUUAAAGUCCUGUUUCUCUCUGCUUCAUUUUUGUGUUGACUAUCAAUUGCUUAAUAAUAUGUCCAGAUGUUUUUUUAAUGAAGGUGUCAUUGGAAAUGGCCCAUCCUACUGUCUCUUCCCAACUUUGUACCACUAGCAUGUGCAUUAAAUACUAUAGCAGUAAAAAGUUUCCAGAGAGUCUGAAAUGGAAAGAUAAUAGAAAGUUAUGCAUCUUUUCUUUUAGGAUUUUGGUAAAUAUGUCUGUCCAAAAGGUUUCUAGUUGGGAGUACCAAUUUCCUUCCUAGGCAGUCUGCACAUAUUGCAGUCAAAUGUACUAGAAAAACAAAAUUUAAUGAAAGAAGAUUGCAGCAUACUUGAGGCUGGUGUGACUUCUGUCCUCCUUUGCAUAUAGUGAGAAGAAUGACUUCUAAUUUCCUCUUAUAUUUAAAUGUAUAGUUUAAUCCUGACCUGCUGGUACCCUACUUGGAUUGGAAAAAAAAAAAUUCUAUAUUGGGACAGUUUAGGAAAAGUGUUAAUAGUAAAAGGAAGCUUUAAACCUUUUGUAUCAAAGGAGGAUUAGAAGCAUGCCAGUCUAAGAUUCACUAUUCUGUGUCUAUGGAAACCCAUGGGUUCCACUUUAUGCCUGAUUUAGGUGUCUUAAUUUGCUCAGAACUUGUAUUUUAUGUGAAAUUUCUGGGUGACUUAUUUGGAUAGAUACUCUUAAAAGAAAAUGGGCAUGGAAAGCCUAAAAUGUUGACUUGGUUACAUUCUGUAUACAAGUAGAGAAUGUUUUUCUCCUGACAUCUAUUUAUUACUUCACACAUUUUACAUAUUUAAAUGACUAAACUGUGAAGUUGCGUGAAGAAUGAUGCCCUUAGUUGCACAUCUUUCUUUGCACUAUCAUUCCAUCCAUUUAAGUAUCAAUAAACAUUUUUAGAUAUUUGA